AGGAGUUCCUCAGGGUUCACUGCUGAGCCCUGUAGAGUUCGGGAACUUUACCCAGCAUCCUCUUCGCGCUCAACAUGGAGGAAUUGACGGUGGAGGUCCGUGGCUCCAAUGGAGCUUAUUAUAAGGGCUUUGUCAAAGAUGUUCAUGACGACUCUCUCUCCGUUUCGUUUGAAAAUAACUGGCAACCUGAAAGACAAGUCCCCUUCAGUGAUGUGCGGUUACCUCCUGCUGAUGGCAAAAAGGAGAUCAUCGAAGGAGAAGAAGUGGAGAUUUUCUCGCGAGCGAAUGAGCAGGAGCCCUGCGGCUGGUGGCUGGCUAAAGUGCGCAUGAUGAAAGGAGAUUUCUACGUGAUCGAGUACGCCGCGUGUGACGCAACCUACAACGAGAUCGUAACGUUCGAGCGUCUCCGCCCAGUCAACCGCAAUAAAGCCGUGACGGAGAACACAUUCUUUAAGUGUUCUGUUCCUGUGCCAGACGAUCUCAGCGCAGCAUGUGAGAGUGAACAAGCCCACAAGGACUUCAAAAAGGCGGUCGGAGCCAUCCGGAUUGUUUACAGCCCGGAGCACAGCGAACUGAUCGUGCUGUCCAUGAGCGAGGCCACCGUCAAGCGCGUCUCCCUGCUGAGUGACAUGCAUCUACGGAGCAUCCGCACUAAACUCAUGCUCAUGUCCAGGAACGAGGAGGCCACCAAACACCUUGAGAGUACAAAGCAGCUGGCCUCAGCGUUUCAAGAGGAGUUCACCGUGAGAGAAGACCUCAUAGGCCUCGCCAUCGGCAGCCACGGCAGCAACAUUCAGCAGGCCAGGAAGGUGCCGGGGGUGACCGCCAUCGAGCUGGACGAGGAGACUCGGACCUUCAGGGUCUACGGAGAGAGUACAGAGGCGGUUCAGAAAGCAAGAAAUUAUCUAGAGUUUCUGGAAGAUUCAGUGCAGAUUCCUCGCAAUCUUGUUGGGAAGGUUAUUGGAAAAAAUGGCAAGGUCAUCCAGGAGAUUGUCGAUAAAUCCGGUGUGGUGAGAGUGCGCAUCGAGGGCGACAAUGACAACAAACUCCCCCGACAGGAAGGAAUGGUGCCAUUUACAUUUGUUGGAACGAAGGAGAGCAUCAGCAAUGUGCAGGUUCUACUGGAAUACCACAUUGCUUACCUGAACGAGGUGGAGCAGCUGCGACUGGAGCGGCUGCAGAUCGACGAGCAGCUGCGUCAGAUUGGGAUGGGUCACAGGCCUGGCCCAAACCGGCCCGGCGACAAGGACAAGGGCUACGCCACUGAAGAGAGCACAACUAACACCACCCUGCACGUCAAUCGCUCCUACUCCGGCAGGGGCCGCGGACGCCGGGGGCCCGGAUACACGUCUGGCUACGGCACUAACUCUGAGCACUCGUACGCCUCUGAGACGGACUCUGAGCGUAAGGAGGAGCUGAGCGACUGGUCCCUGGCGGGAGAGGAGCCCGAGCGCAACCCCAGACAGCAAAGAGACAGCAGGAGGAGGCCGGGAGAGGGCCGGGGCAGAGCACGAGGAGGACCUGCAGGCAGAGGCCGCGCAUCGGGGCGGGGGGCGUCCAACUCCAUCAGCUCUGUCCUGAACGAUCCCGAUGGAAACCCAUACAGUCUGCUGGACAACACUGAGACGGAUCAGACGGCCGACACAGAUGCCAGCGACUCCCAGGUGAGCGUGAACCGCCGCAGACGCUCCCGCCGCCGCCGCACGGAUGAGGACACCACCGUCAUGGACGGCAUGAGCGAGUCCGACAACACCUCGCUCAGCGAGAACGGCCUGGAUGAAGCUGAAGCUAAACAAGAGCGGCGCAACCGUAGCCGUCGCCGUCGCCUCCGCCCUCCUGAGGAGAGGCAGCCAGUUACUGUGGCUGACUACAUAUCACGAGCUGACUCUCAAAGCAGACAGAGAAACCCCAGAGACCUGAGGAAGAACAAAAAGGACAUGGCUCAAGUGGAGCUGAUAUCGGAGCACAGCCCCGCUGAAGCGGAAGCGGUGAGCAACGGCCCCACCAAAGCAGACGAUCAUCAGAGCCAGGCCGUCGUCAACGGCCUCUCCUAAUCACUGCGACUCAUCACCUUUACAGUUUUACAAUAGUGCUUGUACAAGCUUGCCAAAGAUAGACGUACGGACUUCCACAUUCUCGAUUGCACUUUUCAGUUCCUUCGCAAUGGAACAGAUAAUUACAAUGGGAAAAAAAAAAAAUUAUGAGAUGACAAAAAAAAAAUACACACACACAAAAACAACCUAAGUCACACUUAUGUUCCUGAUCAGAUGUUGUGCCUUCAGAGCGUAGUUUCAACAUUAUGUUGGCUGGCUAUAGAGAAAACGAACAGAAAACAAACAAACAACUUGUCUGAAAGACUCCCAGACAUCCUUAGCUGCUUUUUGUUACGUUUUAAUAUGCAACCACUUCUUUGCGAGGGGUUAUGGGGGGAAAAGGAUGUUUUGCACUGAAUAGUCAUUUCUUGACCUUUAGAAUAAUGUUAGUCUGGAAACUGGUCUGCUAACUCUGUCCAUUUUAAAUGCUGUAUGUAAAACACUUCCUGAACGAUUGAAUUUGGGUUUCAUCUUUUGCCUGUUGGGUUGUAAUGGUGGCAACCGAGACUGUUUUGCUAAAGGAGCCUUUUUUUGGGUUUAUUUAUUUUAAAAUGUACAGUAUUUAAAAUUAACUAGGCAGUUGUUUUUAACACUAAGCUGUCAGAACUUCUUAGCUCGCAGAUUGCAAAUUUGGACUACUGAAAGAUCAAUUUCCAGAUGUUCUGUUCUGUAAACUACGUUCGUUAGUCUUUAUGGUUUUUUUUUAAAGAUCAUUCUGGUUGUUUGAUGUGCAAUAUGUUUUGUAUGCAGGUAGUUCAUAAAUAAACAUUUGAUCUUCCAGCCAACCUUUCAAAGUUGGUGUA